AUGGAGAACAACGGCAGCUGCGAGAGCGAUAUACAGCACGAAGGCCGAAAGAGCUGCAUUGCUUGGAGCCUACCUAUUCGCUAUUUGCCGUAUCAUGAUGUGCAAAUUGAAUGCUCGGGCAGUACCGUCUACAGCGAUUCAGAAAAUCGACAACGAGGAUAUUUGCACGGAAGUCGAUGUGGCGCACCGGCGCGUGAAACGUGGGAAGUAUCAACAUCUGACUCCGCAGUCAAAAGUUGCUUUAAAAACCCGUCUUCACUUCUUCGAUCACACUAUAAGGAGACCAGCAGAUCGCCUUGUUUAGCGGGUUCUGAGGAUUCUUUUGGAUGCAAGUUGGAAGAGGCCUUUUGGCCAGAAGAGGAAGUCCAGACUGAAGUGGUUAAAGAGGACCUGAGAACGCUCGGCAUGGAUAGGCAGUACAACAGAGACGCAAACUUUCGCUGA